UGUUGGACAGAAUUUGUAAAGCUGUUCUAAGUUCGAGUUGGGAUCCAUUCGAAUUUGAACAUUAGCCAUGAAUAGAGCCAUCCUUUUCCUCGCCUUGGUUCCCUUGGGAGUCUUGGGCUACAGCACAGGAGCCCCUAAUUGUGAAGUCGAACAACCCGGUCAUGGAGGAAACAGACAAACAACCAAACUGAGCGAUUUCUACGACUUUCAAAUGCUGAUGACCACCCCUGGCAAAAUUGCUGUUUCCAUUGUACCCAAGGAUGGGGAACAUAUCAAAGGGUUGAGAAUCACUUCCAACACCCCUGGAGUUUGGAGCUUAGAUGAGAGCUCAGAAAACGACUUCCAAUUGCUCAAUGCUUGUGGCAUCACCCACAUUGAUGGAAAGAAGGAGAAAACCGGCCAAUUCUCAUUCAAUUUUGACUUUGACGCUGAGGUGGGCGUGCCAGAUUUCAAUGUGAUUGUGGUCAAGGAUUUCAACACUUGGUGGGUCCUGUGAGGGGUUAACGCAAGGAGGGAUAAUGAUGCUAUCUUCAAUGUAUGAAUCAUCAUUUGGAAUCAAUGCUAUUACUAUUUUUUAUACUAUUGUGUUUAAAUGAGUUAUUCUAUUCGAUAAAGAAAUAAAAUAAACGUUAUAUGG